CGGCGCCAGCUGAGCGGAGCGGUAGCGGGGCUGGCGGAGGUUUCAUACACCUGAAAAAGAAUGUCAAGACGCAGUAGCCGUUUACAAGCUAAGCAGCAUGCUCAGCCCAGCCAGCCAGACUCUCCCCAAGAAAUCCAGAUAAUCCAGGCCAAGAAGAGAAAAACAGCACAGGAUGUAAAAAAAAGAAGAGAGGAGGUCACCAAGAAACAUCAAUAUGAGAUUAGGAAUUGUUGGCCACCUGUAUUAUCCGGGGGAAUCAGUCCUUGCAUUAUCAUUGAAACACCCCACAAAGAAAUAGAAACAAGUGACUUUUCCAGAUUUACAAAUUACAGAUUUAAAAAUCUUUUUAUUAAUCCUUCACCUUUGCCAGAUUUAAGCUGGGGAUGUUCAAAGGAGGUCUGGCUAAACAUGCUAAAAAAAGAGAGCAGAUAUGUUCAUGACAAGCAUUUUGAAGUUCUACAUUCUGACUUGGAACCACAGAUGAGGUCAAUACUUCUAGACUGGCUUUUAGAGGUAUGUGAAGUAUACACACUUCAUAGGGAAACAUUUUAUCUUGCACAAGAUUUUUUUGAUAGAUUUAUGUUGACACAAAAGGAUAUAAACAAAAAUAUGCUUCAACUUAUUGGAAUUACCUCAUUAUUCAUUGCUUCCAAACUUGAGGAAAUCUAUGCUCCAAAACUCCAAGAGUUUGCUUAUGUCACUGAUGGUGCUUGCAGUGAAGAGGAUAUCUUAAGGAUGGAACUCGUUAUAUUAAAGGCUUUAAAAUGGGAACUUUGUCCUGUAACAGUCAUCUCCUGGUUAAAUCUCUUUCUCCAAGUUGAUGCUCUUAAGGAUGCUCCUAAAGUACUUCUACCUCAGUAUUCUCAGGAAACAUUCAUUCAAAUAGCUCAGCUUUUAGAUCUGUGUAUUUUAGCCAUUGACUCCUUAGAGUUCCAGUACAGAAUACUGGCAGCUGCUGCCUUGUGCCAUUUUACCUCCAUUGAAGUGGUUAAGAAAGCCUCAGGUUUGGAAUGGGACAUCAUCUCAGAAUGUGUAGACUGGAUGGUACCUUUUGUCAGUGUAGUAAAAAGUACUAGUCCAGUGAAGCUAAAGACUUUUAAGAAGAUACCUAUGGAAGACAGACAUAAUAUCCAGACACAUACAAAUUAUUUGGCUAUGCUGGAUGAAGUAAAUUAUGUAAACACCUUUAGAAAAGGGGGACAGCUGUCACCAGUGUGCAAUGGGGGCAUUAUGACACCACCGAAGAGCACUGAAAAACCACCAGGAAAACACUAAAGGAGUUACUUGACAAGCAAAUUGAAACUGAGCAAGUAUUGCUAGAAUUUCAUACAACUGAACUAAAGUUUUUACAGGAAAAUAGUGCUGUGAUUAUCCUUGGCAAUUCAGAAGUGACACUGCCAUUCUUUGAAAAACCACUUGAAAUUGGCACUAAAGAAGAUAUUCACUUCCUAUAUUAGCCAUUAAAGAAGGCUGAACAUGUUUACAAAGAUGACUUCAUUCACAAAUCUACUGGAGAGAAGCCAGCCACAAUUAUUUUUGGAUCCAGUGUUACUAUGUUUAUUUUGAUAAACAAGGAAUUUUAUCAUUGCAGUUUUGGACUAGAUAAGUGCUACCUUAAAGGGUACAUUGAUAUAAUAUUCUGAAUCUAGCUUUAGAUUCUCAAAUUCCUAUACUCUUAACUAGUGCAAUUUGGUUCUUGAAAAUAAAAUUUAAACUUGUUUACCAAGACUUAGUUUUGUAAUAAGGUGACUAAUUUAUCUAAACCUGUAGUAGCAAACUAUUAUAAAACUUGAAUUUUUACAAAUGGUAAGAUUUAAUGUAUUUUUUUAACUUUCUUAUUUGCCUUGCCAUCAUAUUCUUUAACCAAUAAGGCUUCAAUGAACAGGAUGUUUUAAACUGCUCUAAACAGUGGGAGUACCAAAGAAAUUAAAAAUAAAGAUAAAUGCUGUGGCUCCUACUUGGAGCUUUAUUGAUAUAUAGGUUGCUUUAUAAUGACCUUUCUGUAUAUCACAAUUUGGGUGAAGUCUUAAGUACCUUUUCAAACUAUUUAUAUGAGAAAGUCACUUUAUUACUCUAAGAUAUCCCUAAGGCUUUUUUUUUUUUUUUUUUUAAUUUAGUGUGACUAAGGCUUUAUUUAUGUUUAUAAAACUGUUAAGGUCCAAUUUAAAUUCCUACAUUAUGAGAUAAGGACAGCGUCAAAAUGAUAAAGAUUAACACUUAUUUUAUUAAGGCAGAAAAAUAUUAAAUGUAUACCACAAGUCUAUUUAUUAAAAAGACAUAAGAACUUGCUGUAUAUAGACUAGCUACUACUUACCUUAAAUUAGCUUUUGCCUCAAAAAGUCGAUUUAAUUACUAAAGCAUUAUCCUAAUGUGAAUCUCUUCUCCCUUUGAAGAAACUGUAAAUUAAAGUUACUAUUAUAGUAUGAAGUCUUUUGUAUAGUUUUAAACUAUUUGUUUCUGUAUUGUCUGAAAAGAAAACACCACUAAAUGUGUACAUAUGUAUUAUAUAAACUUAAUCUUUUAAUACUGUUUAUUUUAAGCCCAUUGUUUAAAAAAUAAAAGUUUAAAAA